CCUUCUUUUGUUUGCUUGUGUGUGACAGCCAGAGAUCCACGGGAGCCUUUUCUCAUGGUGAUUAGAAACAGCCUAACAUAAGAUGAUCUUUCUUCUCUUCCACUCCUUCCUUCCAUCUUUUUUUUUUCUCGUUCCCUUCCUUCCGUAAACCUUUAAAAUAAAUAUUGGAGCAAGUUGGAAGGAGUGAGAUGCUCGGCUCCCACACACAUUUAAACAAAAGAGGUAGAGGAAGACUCCUGACCAGAAAAAGAUUGUCUGGGAGCCAAACCCCCUUCAGUGUGAAGUGCCUGCUCUGGAUGCUGCUGAUAGUACAAACUGCUCUUGGAUUUCCAAUAAGCGGCUGCAAUUAGAGGCUCAUCUUUGUGUGAUUGUAAAGGGUACUCGGUUCUGCUUCCGCCACGGAUUAAAGCAAGUCCUGCAGGAUCAUGGCCCUUUGAAGAGCUUUGUGGUAUAGGAACGUAAUUGAUUGGUGCUGGGGAGAGAUUGCACAAUACCGCUUUUUUUAUUCUUCUUAUCAGUGGAUCACUGCACGGUACAAAGUAGGCUGUUUCCAGCUAUGUAAUGUUUUUCGAUCACAUGACAUGGAAAUUGACCAAUGCUUGCUGGAGUCUCUUCCUUUGGGUCAGCGCCAGCGUUUGGUGAGACGUAUGCGCUGUGAACAGAUUAAGGCCUAUUAUGAGCGUGAAAAGGCUUUACAAAAACAAGAGGCCUAUAGAAGAAAAAGCAAACAGAGAAAAAAUUAUAAGGUUAAUUUUCAGCUUUCUGACAAAAUACAAGAUGCAAUAAUCCACCAUGAUGACAAAGAAGUUUUGCAGCUAUUAAAGGAUGGAGCCAAUCCACAAACGCAUAUCACUUCAGGGGGAUGCCUGCUUCAUCUGUGUGCACGGUAUGAUAAUGCAUUCGCAGCUGAAAUCCUCAUUGACCGUGGGGUUAAUGUAAAUCACCAAGAUGAAGAAUUCUGGACUCCUAUGCAUGUUGCUUGUGCAUGUGACAACCCUGAUAUUGUCCUCCUACUUCUAUUUUCUGGUGCAAAUGUUGUCUUGCAAGAUGUGAAUGGCAAUAUUCCUCUAGACUAUGCUAGUGAAGGAACAGAAUCCAACUCAAUUCUUUUAACUUAUUUAGAAGAAAAUGGUGUUGACCUAACCUCCCUGCAACAGAUAAGGACUCAGAGAGCAACAUUGAUGUUAUCUGAUGUGAAGCAGCUGCUAGCGGCCGGCGGAAGUGUUAAUGAGAAAAAUGAUGAUGGGGUUACACUUCUUCACAUUGCCUCAGCCUGUGGCUUUAAGGAAGUGACUCGACAGUUACUAGACCACAAUGCGGACCCAGAUGCUACAGAUAACCUGUACUGGACUCCACUUCAUUUAGCGGCAAAAUAUGGACAGACAAAUAUUGUGAAACUCCUCCUUGUACAUCAAGCAAAUCCUAAUAUUCUUAACUGUAAUGGAGAUAAACCUUCAGAUAUAGCUGCCACAGAAUUCAUGCAAGACAUGCUGCUGAAAGUGGAAGACCUCUCAGAAGAGAAAAAUAAAAAUCCCUCCUCUAUCCCGGUGUUCCAGAAUGAACAGUAUGAAGAAAUCUUACAUGAUCUUCCUCUGGCUGCCAGUAAGCUGCGUCCGCUGGCUUUACCAAUUUCUAAGCAAGACAGUUUGCUGGAGAAAGACACAAUGUUCAGAGAUUCAGGAAAGAUGUUAAGCAAGCAUUAUUCACAAGACAAUGCCUCGGAAAGAAACAUAGUAAAUAGCUCUACGAAACUGGAACAGAUCAAGUUAAUGCCUGCUGCCCCAAACGAUGACUUGGCAACUCUCAGCGAGCUCACAGACAGCAGCCUGUUGUAUGAGAUUCAGAAGCGGUACAACAAUAACCAGAUAUAUACAUACAUUGGGAAUAUUUUGCUGCUAGUUAAUCCAUACAAAGAUCUCCCAAUCUACUCAUCACUGGUUACUCAGUUGUACCGUAAUUUCUCUGGACGCCUGUGCUCCUCACUCCCUCCCCACAUCUUUGCUUGUUCAGAGAGAGCUUACCACAUGGUUUUCCAAGAGAGAAGACCUCAGUGCUUUAUCUUAAGUGGUGAAAGUGGUUCUGGCAAAACAGAAGCCUGCAAACAUAUAGUUAAACACCUGACCCUCCGGUGUGGUGCCAGGAAAAACUCUCUGCAUUCAAAGAUUAAACAUGUAAAUACUGUUCUAGAAGCCUUUGGUCACGCAAGAACGACACUUAAUAACUCAUCUAGUCGCUUUAUUAAAUUCCUUGAAUUACACUAUUGUGAAAAGACUUCAACUAUAUUAGGAGCCAGACUGUACACUUAUAUGCUGGAAAAGAGUCGUCUCAUCAGUCAAGCCUCAGGCCAAAGCAACUUUCUUAUCUUUUACCUUAUGAUGGAUGGUUUAUCUGCUGAAGAGAAAUAUAACUUAUACCUCAGAAGCACAAUGGCACACAGAUAUCUUAACCAGACAACACCAGCAGAGUUAUUAAGCACACAAAACAGAGAGAAAUUAGCAAACCUCAAACAAGCACUGAAUGCUCUGGGAUUUAACAGUCUUGAAACUGAAAACCUUUUCAUGAUCCUCUCAGCAAUUCUGCACAUUGGGGAUAUUCGGUUUACAGCCCUGACUGAUGCUGAAACAGCUUUUGUGUCUGACCUGCAGCUUGUAGAACAAGUGGCUGGAAUGCUGCAGAUAUUACCGGAUGAGCUGUCUACUGCCUUAACAACGGAUGUGCAAUAUUUUAAAGGAGAUAUGAUAACUCGUAGACAUUCUAUGGAGACAGCAGAAUUCUACCGAGACCUGCUUGCAAAAUCCCUGUAUUGCCGUCUGUUUAGUUAUUUAGUAAACACUGCCAAUUUCUACCUCCAGAAUCAAAGUGAUCAGAACAGCUACCCUCACCUCACUAUUGGAAUUUUGGAUAUGUUUGGCUUUGAGGACUUUCAGAGAAAUUCAUAUGAACAGCUAUGCAUUAAUCUGACCAAUGAAAAAAUCCACCAGUAUAUCAAUGAAGUGCUAUUUCUACAAGAACAAACUGAAUGUGAACAAGAGGGAGUUUCCAUGGAAACCAUGUAUUGUCCUGGAAACCAUACAACAGUGCUGGAUUUUUUCUUCCAGAAGCCUUCAGGUUUUCUGUCUAUUCUAGAUGAAGAAAGUCAGUCCAUUCAUCCUAUGGAACAAAGCCUUUCCAAACGUCUUCAGUCACUCCUGGAGACAUCAAAUUCAAAUACAGUGUAUACAUCAGCAAAAGAUGGAAAUGGCAAUGUCACAUCCAAGGAACAAGGCCCUGUCUUCACAAUUAUGCAUUAUGCUGGAAGGGUAACAUAUGACAUUUCUGGAGCAAUUGAGAAAAAUAAAGAUGUAUUGUCUCAGAAUCUUCUCUUUGCCUUGAAAACAAGUGAAAAUGUGGUAAUCAAUCAGAUGUUCCAGUCUAAGCUGACACAGACCGGAUCACUUGUACCACCAUAUCCGCCACUUAAACUUAGAGGACCCAAAGCAGCCUUACUUAUUAAAAAAACAUCAACCACUUCACAUGGUGAGACCAAAAGAAUCUUGGAACUCAGUAAGUUAAUAAAAAAGAAAGGGUCAUAUUCAUUUCUCCAGAAGCUGGAAAGAGGAGGUCCAACCACUGUGACUAUACAACUCAGGAAAACUCUCACAGAGCUGACUGGAAAGCUACAAGCCAGCACACUACAUUAUAUGCACUGUAUCAAGCCUAACAACUCUAAGCUAGCUGAAACCUUUGAUAAUUUUUAUGUGUCUGCUCAACUGCAAUAUAUUGGUGUCUUGGAGAUGGUGAAAAUAAUACGACAUGGAUACCCCAUACGUCUGGCAUUCCCUGACUUCUUGUCGAGGUAUAAGCACCUAGCAGAAAUCUUAACAAGACAGAAACAUAAAGCAUCUCCUGAAGAAAAGUGCCGACAUGUUCUAGAGCAAUGCAAGCAGCAAGGAUGGCAGAUCGGCGCCCGAAAGGUUUUCCUGAAAUACCGUCAAGCUGAUCAACUGAAUGACAUGUGUGCCCAGCUACAAAGGAAAAUUAUACUUUGCCAGAAAGUUGUUAGGAGGUUUUUAGCCCGUCAACAUCUACGUCAGAAGAUAAGCAUUAAACAAAGUGAGGACGCUUGUAUUCAAGAUUUUCUGCUCACAGUGGAGAAUCUCGGACAGAAUGCCUACCACUCUCUGGUCAUUCAGAAUGCAUCUGAUAUUGCCCGCGACAAAGACAGACUUCACUUUGAUAAAGAUGUAAAUAAUGAGAAAAAAGGAUCAACUAGUGAUAAGAAUGAAACUCUUACUAGAACCGAUGAAAUGAAUGGUAAGGUUUUGGAAAGCCGUCUCGUAGGAUACCGUUCCACACCCAAUCUUUUUCAUUCCUGUUCUGUUACGACUCCGUUUACUACAGGAAGCUUGUCUCGCUCAGCCUCAGGAGCAUCCGCAAGGUCCCUUUCGUUACAUACAGUAUUAAGCUUCGAUGAAGGUGGCAAUCUACAGUCACCUCGGAAACAACCUCCCCCAAAACCAAAGAGAAACCCCACUACAAGACUAAGUGCUUCAUAUGAAGCUGUUAGUGCCUGUCUUAUAGCAGCUACUAAGGAAAUUGAUAAUGAUGGUUUGUCUCGGCCAAGACCACAUAGUGAUGAUUAUAGCACAAUGAAAAAAAUUCCUCCACCAAAACCAAAGAGGAGUCCUAAUACAAAACUAAGUGGCUCUUAUGAGGAGAUAUGUGUUCACAGAUUAGAAGGAAAACCAUUAAGUAUGUUAAUAAAAAAAAGUCAUCGUGACUUUGGGACCAUGCAGAGGGCAGCUUCUGCAGACGGACCUCACCAAGGUAAUCUAACUUUGUAUAUGUCACGGGAAGAAGAUGAAAAUGAACCAGUGUACAUUGAGAUGGUUGGAAAUGCUAAGAAGAAUUGUUCUAUUGAGGCCAACAGUCCUGAACAAGGAGAAGCGGUCUAUGAAGAGAUGAAAUAUUUCCAUCCUGAUCAGAUUAAUAGCAAUACCGUAACAACAGGGAGUUCCCAAUUAUUUUUACAGAACAUAAACCUGGCUUCAGUUAUAAGUCACCAUGUCAGUAAAAAAGAGGAUGUACAGUCCAAGGAUCCAUGUGACAUACCAGCUCCAUUUCCAAACCUCCUUCCUCAUAGACCUCCUCUUUUGGUAUUUCCCCCUGCUCCAGUAACUUGCUCUCCUGCUUCUGAUGAGUCACCAUUGACACCACUUGAAGUUAUAAAACUCCCAGUUCUUGAAACAAAUAUUAACUAUGUUAUACAGGCUGAAUGUUCCAGUCCUAUAUCACCUCAGUGUUCAAAACACCAAAAAGGAGAAAAUGAAAGACCAUCUUCACCAGCGUUUACUGUGUUUAGUGUGUCAAGUAGGAUGUCUCCACCUUCUACUCCCCCUGUACAUCCAUCUUCUGCUUCUUACCAGUCCUCAACACACUUUGCUUUUCCAACAGAAACUCCAUAUGCUUUGUUAGUCAACACAGCUAAAAAGACAAUAAAUUCAGAGACAUUAAAAUCUUUGUCUAGAUCAAGCCCUGUUUUAUCAGAUGGUUCAAGUAGCACAAUGCCUAAACUUCCCUUUUCUUCUCCGGUGAAAAUUGCAAGGACAAUACAGACUAAAUCUCCUUCUUCAUUCCCAACCAGUGUUACUAAUGCAAGUCAAGUUACUAGCCCACUCGAUGAGUUAACUACACUCUUUAAUUCAGGAAGGAGUCUACUGAGAAAAUCGGCAGCUGGACAGAAGAUUCGGGAACUUGAAGGUGUUGAAAUAAAUCUGAACACAAGCAGUGUAGAAGAUGCUAGACAGUCAGAAACUCAAGAUACCAAUGCAAAUAAUCCAGAUAACCAGCCAUCAAGCACUUUAUCUACGUGUUUACCAUGUGACAAUGGGAACUCGAUAACCAGUGGUCUGUCUGGAGAAGAUAUGAAUUGCAAAUAUCGAAGUAAUGCAGCAAACUGUUCCAUAGCAAGAAACAAGGAACAAUCUAGCAGCCAGGUAAUUCAUCAGCUUAGAAUGUCUGAAAAUGAGAGUGCUGCAUUACAAGAGCUAAUGGACUGGAGAAGAAAGCUUUGUGAAGAGGGAGAGUCCUGGCAGAAAGACUUAGCACAGACUGAAAAGAGGAAUACUGCUCCCACUCAGUCAUCCUAAGUGAAGGUGCACACUGGAGAACUUCCAGUAAAAGCUGUCACCUUAUAUAGAAAAAUAACUUUUUUGCUGUCAGGUUUCUGAUUGAAAAAAUAAAAUAA